UUGUGGCUCAUGCGAGCCACCGUAAUGUUUGUGGCCAAACUAGAUUAGCUUGCCAUCUCUUGUGCCGUCUGUAUUUUUAGUUUCUUACCAAGAGCCGCCUCCCGGUUGAUAUUUGUACCACAAAAGGCGAGUUUUGUUUUCUUUGGUGUAGUUGGAGUUGACUGUCAAACGCCAUUGAGCAGAAAUAAAGCCACACAUCUGAGAGGAGGAGGCGUCACGGCUCGUUAACAGUAAACCAGUUAAGCUCAGCUAAUUAGCUAGCAAUAGUUUGCUCCUUCCUCGGCGGCUCGCACGAUGUCGUACAGGAAAACUUUGAAACUUAUUUGUGGCUUCGCCGGUGGCUCGGCGGUGCUGGUUUUCGCCGCUGCGUCCGCUGACUCCCGCGGAUAUUUCGGCGAGCGACGCGGGGACGCGGCCAGCCGGUGGUCGAGGUUUGCCGUUCUUCAAGCUGCGCAGCCGGCGUGGACACCGGCCAGUCACACACCAGCACCGACUGGACACUCCUGGGACUUCAACUGGGACAAGAGAGACCCGUCUGCACUGUCCAACGGCAAGAAGAAGGAAACUGCAACAGAAGACCCCAGCUCCGAGCAGGACAAUGGCAAACCCAAAGCCACGCGCAACAUCCUCCUCAUCAGACACUCCCAGUACAACCUGAGCGGAGCCAGCGACAAGGAGAGGAUCCUCACUCCGUUAGGUCGAGAGCAGGCCGAGUUCACGGGCAAGAGGUUGGCGGAAUUGGGGCUGAAGUAUGACGUCCUGAUCCACUCCAGCAUGGCCAGGGCUACAGAGACGGCACAUAUCAUCAGCAAACACCUCCCAGGUCCAGGAGUGGAGCUGCUGAGCUGUGAUUUGCUGAGAGAGGGUGCACCCAUCGAACCAGUUCCACCUGUCACUCACUGGAAGCCCGAUGCUGUGCAGUACCACGAAGACGGAGCUCGCAUUGAGGCAGCCUUCCGCCGCUACAUCCACCGGGCUGACCCCAAGCAGAAGGAGGACAGCUACGAGAUCAUCGUGUGUCAUGCCAAUGUCAUCCGCUAUUUUGUCUGCAGGGCUCUGCAGUUUCCUCCUGAAGGCUGGUUACGUAUUGGCUUGAACAACGGCAGCAUCACAUGGCUCACCAUCCGCCCUAGCGGCAGGGUGGCCCUCAGAACUCUGGGAGAUGCAGGAUUCAUGCCCCCAGACAAACUAACAAGGACCUGAUGGCCCAAAACACAGGUUUUAGGGACUGGGUCCGAUGCCCAGUCAGUUGGUCGCAGGGUCAAAGCUCAGUUUUCUCCUUAAGUGUCUUGAAAAUUAAUGUUAUUAUUUUGUAAUUGAGGUACUGUCACUAUGGAGGGACUGUGUGGUUGUGAUUACUUCCGUGCCAUAGAACGUCAGCAGAAGCGAGUCACAGCUGCAUAGCAACUCCUCCUGAAUGUAACAGGAUUUUUACAUGUGUGGCUGAUUUUUAAACCAAAAAGUUGUAUUUGUAUAGCUGUUGUAAAUGAAAAUCUUGCUCUCAGCUUUACAUUUGUCAUUACAGUAUUCUUCAGUGAAAGAUUGUGUUGUAUGGUGCAGCUGUAGUAAAUAAAAGAAAAUGAAUGCCUCGGU